AUGGGGAAGGAACAGGAGUUGCUGGAGGCCGCCCGCACCGGGAACUUACCCGCCGUGGAGAAAUUAUUAUCUGGGAAACGCCUCAGUUCUGGCUUCGGUAGCUCUGGAGGAGAAAGAGGAGGAGGAAGUGGCGGCUCCAGUGGGGGUGGCGGCGGCGGAGGCAGCGGGAGCGGUGGUGUGGGACACCCCCUGUCCAGUCUCCUCAGCAUCUGGAGAGGGCCAAAUGUGAACUGCGUGGACAGUACUGGAUACACUCCACUGCACCAUGCUGCUUUGAAUGGUCAUAAGGAUGUGGUGGAAGUUCUGCUGCGGAAUGAUGCCCUGACCAAUGUAGCAGACUGCAAGGGCUGCUACCCCCUUCACCUGGCAGCUUGGAAAGGAGAUGCAGACAUAGUAAAGCUCCUCAUCCACCAAGGACCUUCACACACUAAAGUGAACGAGCAGAACAAUGACAACGAGACAGCCCUGCACUGUGCAGCCCAGUAUGGCCACACCGAGGUGGUGAAGGUGCUGCUGGAGGAGCUGACAGACCCCACCAUGCGCAACAACAAGUUUGAGACUCCCCUGGACCUGGCGGCGCUCUAUGGGAGGCUGGAGGUGGUGAAGAUGCUGCUGAACGCCCAUCCCAACCUGCUGAGCUGCAACACCAAGAAGCACACCCCCCUGCACCUGGCAGCCAGGAACGGCCACAAGGCUGUGGUCCAUGUGCUCCUGGAUGCUGGCAUGGACAGCAACUACCAGACUGAGAAGGGCAGCGCUUUGCACGAAGCUGCUUUGUUUGGCAAGACAGAUGUGGUACAAAUAUUGCUGGCAGCAGGUAUUGAUGUGAACAUCAAGGACAACCGAGGCCUGACAGCCCUGGAGAUCGUGAGGGAGCUCCCCUCUCAGAAGAGCCAGCACAUAGCAGCUCUCAUAGAAGAUUACACUGUGGGGAAGAAGAGUGUCAAAGCUGCAGAGAAGACUCCUCAAGCACCUCUGGCUCCGGCUUCUGACUCCCUGUGCCACAUAGCCCACGGUGACGUGGAGAAAGCAGUGACAGAGCUGAUCAUAGACUUUGAUGUGCCCCCAGAAGAGGAGAGCCCCUACGAGGCCUUGUACAAUGCCACCUCCUGCCACUCCCUGGACAGCCUGGCCAGCGGCAGGUCCUCAGACAGGGAGUCCUGCACUAAGGAAGCAGAAUCAGCUGGGCUGAAGGCAGCAGCAGUCAGGCCUAGGGAGCGGCCACCCCCGCCCGCCAAGCCGCCGCCCGACGAGGAGGAGGAGCUGCAGGUGGAGAAGAUGAGCCACGGUGCCACCUCUGACUUAAAGCCAGCUGGGCUGCAGCAGUGCAGAAUCCUGCCUGUGCUGCUGACUCCUGGGUCUCUCCAAGACUCCCCAGGCUUCCAGAGGUCCUGGCUCAUUUGCUGCUGGGGCUCUGUUGCACGAGGAAAGAGCAAAGGAAGUGGAGCUGGGGAAAAGGAACACCCCUAUGAGCUGUUGCUUACAGCAGAAACUAAAAAGCCAGUUGCAGUGGACAGGAAAACAAAAGAGCACAGGAGGAGCAGUGGCAGCCACAGCCAGGACUCUGCAGAGAGCCAGGACAUCCAGGUGCCGGAGCAGUUCUCGGGCUUGCUGCACGGCUCCUCCCCGAUCUGCGAGAUCAGUGAGGACCCUUUCAGGCUCGCUGCCUCUGCGGAGAAAGGAGGCACCGAAGCUACCAGCCACCCACCUGCUAUGCAGCUAGAGGAUGCUGAGCUGCCUGCCCCUGCUCCACCACGGACCAGCUCUCCAGACCCGGAACACAGAGCCGUCUACGCCACCGUGCAGCAUGCACCUGGCAGCCGGCCGCCUCCCGCUGUAGGCAUCCCCCAUGGGCAGCAGCACCCCAGCAGAGCUGAGGAAGAGGGGGACAGGGCUGUGGGCAGAGCCCACGCGGGGAACAAGCCCAAGGCCGAGCUGAAGCUCAGCCGCAGCCUGUCCAAGUCGGACUCGGACUUGCUGACCUGCUCCCCGACAGAGGAGGAUGCCAUGGGCAGCCGCAGCGAAUCGCUCUCCAACUGCAGUGCAGGCAAGAAGCGGCUGGAGAAGUCUCCAUCCUUCGCUUCUGAGUGGGAUGAGAUUGAGAAGAUCAUGAGCUCCAUCGGCGAGGGCAUCGACUUCUCUCAGGAGCAGCAGAGGAUCUCAGGUUCGCGGAUGCUGGAGCAGAGUGUUGGGGAGUGGCUGGAGACCCUGGGCCUGCAGCAGUACGAGAGCAAGCUGCUACUCAAUGGCUUUGACGACCUCCGCUUCCUGGGCUGUAACGUCAUGGAGGACCAGGACCUGCGGGACAUCGGCAUCGGGGAUCCGCAGCACCGCCGGAAGCUGCUCCAGGCUGCUCGCUCCCUGCCCAAGUUGAAGCCCUUGGGCUGUGAUGGGAACAGUCAGCCCUCGGUGCCUGCCUGGCUCGACUCCUUGGGGCUGCAGGACUAUGUUCAGUCCUUCCUCUCGAGUGGCUACAGCUCCAUUGACACUGUGAAAAACCUCUGGGAGCUGGAAAUAGUCAACGUGCUUAAGGUGAACCUUCUGGGCCAUCGCAAGAGGAUCAUUGCCUCCCUGGCAGACAGACCCUACGAGGAGCCACCAGCAAAGCCACCACGCUUCUCGCAGCUCAGAUGCCAGGAUCUGAUCUCCCAGACAUCGUCACCCCUAAGCCAGAGUGACUCCUUCACAGGGAGGUCUGGGGAUCUGCUGCUGCCCUCAGGGGACACUGCCAGGAGGCAGCACGAGCAUGGCACCAAGGCUGCUCCCUACUGCAAAGCUGAGCGCUACAGAGCUCAGGAGGAGCGUCGGGAGUCCAAGCUGAUGCUGCGCCCCCCGAGCCUGGCUGCCCCUUACACCCCAGUGCAGAGCUGGCAGCACCAGCCGGAGAAGCUCAUCUUCGAGUCCUGUGGCUAUGAGGCCAACUACCUGGGCUCCAUGCUGAUCAAAGAUCUCCGAGGGACCGAGUCCACGCAGGACGCCUGUGCCAAGAUGAGGAAAUCCACAGAGCAUAUGAAGAAGAUCCCUACCAUAAUCCUGUCCAUCACCUACAAGGGGGUGAAGUUCAUCGAUGCCUCCAACAAGAAUGUCAUUGCUGAGCACGAGAUCCGGAACAUUUCCUGCGCUGCUCAGGACCCCGAGGACCUCUGCACCUUCGCCUACAUCACCAAGGACCUGCAGACCAACCACCACUACUGCCACGUCUUCAGCACUGUGGAUGUGAACCUGACCUAUGAGAUCAUCCUCACACUGGGGCAGGCAUUCGAGGUUGCCUACCAGCUGGCCCUCCAAGCCCAGAGAGCAAAACCUCUGGGUGCUGCAGCAGGAGAAGUGCUUGAAAUAAAAUCUUCCAAACCGGUGCCUAAGCCCCGAGCUGGCGUGAGGAAGGCUGCACUGGAGCCCCCUGAAGUGGACCAAGAUUCCCAGUCCCAUGCCAGUGUCUCCUGGGUCGUGGACCCCAAACAGGACUCCAAGCGGACCCUCAGCACUAAUGCAACAGCUUCAGAAGAUGAACAAAAGAGGAGUUAAAUGUUGGGCAUUAUCCUGAAGCACUCCCUAGCUGAGGAGGGAGCCUCUCAACCUGAGCAAGGUCUGAGUCCCUUAUCCCCAAAGGUGCUGUGUGCUGCCCCUUCUGUGGAAUGACCAGAGCGAGCCACGGGAGGUGUCUGGCUGUGACUCAUGUUCUCGCAACACCGUUUCCCUCAAGGGAGAGAUGUCAAACUGGUUCUGAUUUUAAUUCUUCAGAUGCAAAAAAUCUCAACAGACAUUGUGAUGGUUGAGGUACUACCAUGGUGGGGGCGCCAUGGUGGUUCCCUGCUGCUUUACUGUUCUGAAAUGCCCCAAGAAUUCCUGUUUGACUCCACUUGCUGCUGUAUGUCAGGAUUUCAUGCAUGCCUCUCAAGCCAGCAAGGCUGGGAGAUGAGUGAAGCAGAAUCCCCAGGGCAGGAAGCUGUGCCUGGGGGGCAGUGGAGGUUGCUGCACGCUGAUGAAUUUGGAAAGCUGACAUUCCUUAUCCUGCAAAUGUUGCAAUUCAUGCUGGUAUAAGUGUAAAUAUUUGAUGUGCUGGUAACAAAUCUUGGAGAGAUUGCAAAUUGAACCUCUGCUUGAGAGGAGGACAUCCCUCUCUGGGUGGUGGUUUGGGUUUUUUUUGAUGCAUGAGCUUUUGAAGAUUGGCUUGGGGGUCAUGUGGUGAUGGAGACUCCAGUCUUCAAAGGACUGGCUUGGUGACCCUGGUGGUCCUUCCCAGUCCUGAGUGUAAUCCUAUGGUUGUCUUUAGUGACCCAACAGUUCUUUAGCCAGAGCUUUUCACCUCGUACAAAGCGGUUUGGGCAGUGCCUCCCUCUCACUCCAUGGUUUUUCUUAAGGUACUUUGUGUGCUGGAGCCUGGCCCUGGGCCCUGCCAGCCACUGGCUCACAGCCACUGUGGGGUGUUGUGGCUCUUUCUCCUGCCUGGGUGCUGUAGCCUCUGAAGGGAAGUGCCCUCAGUGUUUGGUGCUGAACAUCACUUUGAGUCAAAGGGCAUCUGCUCUGCUGCCCUAGGCCUGACUCCCUUCUUUAGGGACAGGCUCUGCUUUGUGCAUGGCCUGAGCCCAGGCUGAGAGCCCAGGACAGGUAACCCAAGAUGCAGAGUUUUGUCGUUUUUGUACAGCAGGGGAUGAUUUUUUUUUUCCCAAAUUGAAGCUGCUUUAUCCUUUUGUAUUUACA